AGCAGUAUGGCAGCCGUCGUGCUGAGGUCCUGUCGCAGAGGACUUUCACAGAUAUUAAGUAAUGGAGGACUCGCAGCUUUGUCUUCAAAGCGUCUGGAAGGAGACAGGAGACACAAGUCCACAGUUCAGUAUGCUUCACGGCCAGACCUUCCAAAGUUGGCGUACAGAAGAGUGAAGGGGAAGAGUCCAGGUGUUGUCUUCCUCCCAGGGUAUGGCUCCAACAUGAAUGGACAGAAAGCUGAAUCACUGGAGGAAUUCUGUAGGUCACUGGGGCACUCAUACCUUAGGUUUGACUACACAGGACAUGGGGCCUCAGAAGGGAAGCUAGCAGAAGGAACUAUUGGUACCUGGAAAAAAGAUGUCCUUUACGUGUUGGAUGAAUUAGCAGAGGGACCACAGAUACUGGUGGGUUCCAGUAUAGGCGGUUGGCUCAUGCUGCUGGCAGCCAUUGCAAGACCAGAGAAGACCGCAGCACUUGUGGGCAUCUCCACUGCUGCUGAUCACAUCGUCACAUCAUUCAACUCUCUCCCUCUAGAGACACGCAAGGAAUUUGAGGAGAAGGGGGAGUGGACCGUGCCCACCAAACAUUCAGAGGAUGGUCAUUACAAGUUUAGCAUGGACUUUCUGCGUGAGGCAGAAAAUCACUGUGUGCUGCAAAGCCCCAUCCCCAUCACCUGCCCCGUACGGCUCAUUCAUGGGCUCAAAGAUGAGGAUGUCCCGUGGCACAUCUCCAUGCAGGUUGCAGAACGCGUCCUCAGCCCCGAUGUAGAUGUCAUCCUUCGGCGACAUGGCCAGCACCGCAUGUCCGAGAAAGACGACAUCAAGCUCAUGGUCUACACUAUUGACGAUCUCAUAGACAAGCUGACCACUUUGGUCUGAGGAAGGGACGGGGGAGUGAGCUUGAGAGGUUGCUGGGAUAAGGAGAGAAGGACUGUUUACUGGAAAGUCAACCCUCAAGAAAUUUACCAAACAAUGGCAUGUUUCUCUGCCAAAUAUGACCUUUUAUCCAUCUGUUAUUCUCCCCAUAUUUCAUCUGUCAUUUCAACAUGCCGUUACAGUGCAAACUAUAUUUAAAGGGAGCUUUCCAGCUAGCUGUUCCCUUAUAUCUUCAGGUUGCAUUUGUAAGUGUUUCAAGUUGUUAAAUGGAGUGUUAUGUUGGCCUUUGUCAGGUCUGCUGUUGCUGCUCUCUCUGCCACUGUUCAUAUUGUUUCACUGUUUUCCCUUCCCUCUUUACUUAGAUGCAUAGUUUUCCUGUGCCUUUUUUAAUCACUUUUCACCCAUUUUGGCCAAUAAAACCUCUGCACAGUA